GUCUUAUCACAGAAACGGAACUAAAGAGUACGGAACCUGUUUGCUGUUGUAUAGUUCGCCUCUUGUCUAUGUGCUGAAGACAGAACUACAACCGAGUACAGAGAAUCACAACAACUAGAAUUAAUUACAACGAUUACAAAAACGACAACGAGUAAAAAAAAUUGUUUUUAAUUAUUAUUUGAUGUAGGUACCUUAUUGUCCUUAUUGAAAACUAUGGACGAUGCUAUACAGCACUUGGAACAAGUCGUGGCUAAUAUCGAAAAAAGAAUAGACACUUUAAGUUGGAAAAUAAAAAAAUUUGAACGAGUUCUGUUUUCAGAAAACGAAACAUCCCACUCUUGUAAAAUGAUAUCCAUGAUGGCCAAUUUAGAAGAAACAUGCCGUAAGUAUAAUGAAAUAAUAUUGUUGGUGACCGAACAUAAAAAUCAACAAAAUGCAUUCACUGAUACAUUACAACUUCAAGUAAAUUUAGUAAAAAGCAAAGUCGAAACUUUACGAGCAUUAAUGACAAAAGGAAGAACAAUUGAGCUUUAACUUAAUAACCUAGUUAUUAUUAAUAUAUAAAUAAAUAGAUAUAAGCAAACAUAAUUUUUUUGUAUUAUAUAUAUAUAUUUUUUAUUUUUUUGGAAAUUCACUUAAUCAUGUAUAUAAAUAAAUAAUUUUAAAAAUAUGUACCUACUAACAAACUUUUCAUUAAAGUAAAAUAUUGUAGGUAGUUUAACAAGAAGUGAAAUUGAAUGCUUCAAUAUUUGUUAAGAUAUUUUGAAUAAAUGAACAAUAAAAUAAUA